GUCAGAGCCCAACGCUCAACAGCAGCGAGGUCUGGAUAGGGAAGCCACAACGCCUCUCUCAGGGACGAAGCCCCUUCGUACUUUGACGGCAAACACGACCGCUACGCUGGCUACAACUGCUGUGUUUGACAAUAUAAAAACCAGCUGCACCGUGGAUUAGGCGGGAGAGGAAUGGCGGCGGGACAUCGGCACGUCACGCCUAUGCAUCUGUUUCCUUAGCCUUGACUCUUCCCCCCUGGCGCGGCUUAGCUUGGAGAGGUCACUGCUGGUCGUCUUUGGUUGAUCUUUGUUGGCGCGACCGCUGGCGUCGUCUGGGACGGUUCAUUCGCUGGGACUUGUGCGCUCACGGGUGCCUGUGGCGGUGUGGCACGAGGGAGAGAGGAGGCAUCGAACCACCACCAUCGUCUCAGUCGACUGUCACCGCCUGUGAAGCAGCCCUGCCACAAGAAGAGCCGUCGUGACGGAGCCGGCUUCGUUGAAAAGGUUGAGCCGUGUGGCUACAGCUGUGGUCAGGAACCUAGCGCUUCGACGCCGCGCGAGCUACCGUCAAUCCUCUUCCAAGAAGAGCGGAUGCUCCACCCAUCCAUCCAUCCAAGCCACCAGAGCGUUGUAGCAUAGCAGUACAGUGGGCGUCCCCGAAUAAGGCGGCCUGAAUAAAGCGGUCGCCCUAAAAUAAGGCGAGUGAAACUGGCUGGCAUUGACGGAGAAAUCAAAUUGUUCUACAAACUUGAAUACGACCGCUGCCCCAUAUAGGGCGGUCAUUUUCAGCUGCCCCACCCCCGCCAUAUUCGGGGACCCCAACUGUAACGAAUAAUCAUGCCGGGCAUCCUGGCCGGCGACAUCCUGGCCAUCGUGUGGUGCUCGGGCUACGCGGGCCCCGCCGCCGCCACUCCCCUCGAGACGGUGUGCCUGGCCGUGUGCAACGCGUGCCGAGAGCAGACCCCGUGGACCCUGCGCGCCGCGCCGGGCAUGCCGCCCUCGCUGCUGUCCUGGCACCUCCGCGGCGGGGACCGCUUGCUGCUCCAGCGAUUCGACCAGCGGGGCCGGGGUGACGGCGACGGCGGCUGUGGAGACGGGGAUCACGACCGCGGCUGGGUCGGUCACGCCGCCAAGCCGGCCGUCACGACGGCGGCGAACCCCCCGCCGCCGCCGCUAUCGGUUGCGACGCGGGGGGGCGGGGGGCGGGGGGCCGCCGCCACAAACACCGUCGACGGCAAGGCCGGCGUCGUUGCUGUGCGGACGGGGGUGGAAGAAGACGGAGGCGGGCUGGGCACACCGCCGCAAGGGGGUGGGGGGACGGCGGCGGCGACGGCGACGGCGGCGGCGGGGGCCUCCAGACUGUCCCCCCGUGCCAACAUCCAACGCGUGGUGGUCGACCUGAGCCUGAGCCUGGACGGCGUUGUGUGGCCGGCGCGACUCACAGCGCUGGAGAUGGGCGAGGAAGAGGUUGUUAUUGCUGCAACCCGGAGCAGCAGCCCACCCGAUGACGAUUCGGUCGCACACCCCGGUAACCUCGAGAAUAAGCCCUCGCGCCGCGGUCACUGCAGCGGCGGCAGCGGCGGCGGCGGUAGCGGCGGCGGCUGCUGCUCGCUCCGACCCUCGCAGCAGAAAAAGAAGCCCGGCGGGUCCGACAAGUCUGCGGCGAUGACGGCCUCGGAGCCGGCAGCCAUCGCCGCCGCCACCGCUGCCGCGACGGCAAGGUUCUGGGCGGGAAAGCCACCGGGCUCUUGCUUCGACACCCCGCUCCGCGAGGUCUCCCUACCCCCUACCCUGCUGCACCUGGAGCUGCUGGGGCCCUUCAACGAUUCCCUUGAGGGGGUCGCCUGGCCUCCUUCUUUGGAAACCCUGGUGCUGGGAGACCUCUUCAACGGUAGCCUGGGCGACGGUGUUGUGCUUCCCCGCGGUCUCAAGUCGUUGACCCUCGGGAGCGCUUUCGACAUGAGCCUGGACGCGGUGGCGUGGCCGCCGGGUUUGGUUCAUCUGCAGCUGGGGCACUCGUUCAACCAGGACAUCGGCGAGGUCCGUUGGCCUUCCACCAUCAGCGAGAUCUGCUUCGGCGACCUGUUCCGCAGGCCUAUCACCGGGGUAGUCUGGCCGGAAGGCCUCAAGCACCUAACGUUCGGACACCUCUUCCGGCAGCCUCUCGCAGGCGUCACCUUCCCGACUGGGCUGGAAGACCUCAAGUUCGGUGGGUACUACAACUGCAGCCUCGAUAGCGCGGAGCUCCCGGAAGGGCUGAGAUCGCUCGACCUGGGUAGGUCUUUCAAUCAGCCGAUUGAGAGGACCCGGUGGCCGGAGGGGCUCCGUAGCAUCAUUUUCGGGGACUCGUUCAACCAGCCGGUGGAGGCGGUUCGCUGGCCGGGCUCGCUGAGGGUGCUACAGUUUGGUUCGAGUUUCAAUCAAGAGAUCGAGAAAUCAAGGUGGCCGGCCUGCCUCGAGCACCUCACGUUCCGCCAGCGCUUCGACCGCAAGGUGGAGCUAGUGAAGUGGCCUCCAAACCUGCGGGUCCUCGAGUUCGGCACCUGCUUCGACAAGCCGAUCGAGGGGGUCAAGUGGCCGCCCAGGCUGGAGAGGCUCGUGCUGGGACACUACUUCAGUCAACCAGUGCAGCUGCUCAAGCUUCCUCCUUCGCUGCAGCGGUUGGCGUUCAGCAGCGUCUUCGACAAGCCCGAUAGGCUAGAGAACGUGGACCUGGUCGGGGCUAACCAUCGGCGCCUGGUUGUCGUUGGCAGGCCAGGCGGUCCGAAGGCGAGGGGCGUCGAAGACUGUGCGAGGGAGGCGGCCGCGGGCCGCCCGGGCGGAAGCCGCCGGGGCGGCGGCGGCGGCGGUAGUGGCAAAGGCCGGCAUCGCUGCGGCAAGAGCGUCUGCAGCAGCAUCGGCGGCAUCGGCGGCGGCGGCGGCGGCCGGUGGAAGGAGAUGACUAGGGGACGGUAGUGAACGGCAGACCCCCCCCCCCCCCCCCCCCCCCCCCCCCCCCCCCCCCCCCCCCCCCCCCCCCCCCCCCCCCCCCCCCCCCCCCCCCCCCCCCCCCCCCCCCCCCCCNCUGCUGCACUUGUCUUUUAAUUUUUGAUCCUCGGUGGCGGCGGCGCUGCAUGAGUAAGCCCUGUGACGUUACUUCCCGAUCGGAAGUCUGCAGAGUUGUUCCGCAACCGCAAGGACAUCGGCGGCACAUCAUACCAGUACGCCACAGUUCCUCCCGCACAGCCGUGUCACCCCCCCACCCCGAGUCCAACGUCUUCCGCGGCUGUCGGGGGAGGGGGGAGCAAGGUGUUUGGCUACCGCGAGGUGAUGGUAUCGUCGUUGGUAGUGUUGCGACCACCGCUGCCGCUUGCUCGCGGUAGGGUUGAGCAAGGAGAAGGCCGCGGCGGCGGCGGCGGCAUCUUGUGGAAUUCGCACCCCAAGAGGGCGGGGUGGUGGGCGUAGGGGUCAGCUAGAGCCGUUUCAGGUCUUCCCCUAAAUGGAACGCAUAGUCCUUCUGAUAGGUUGGAAGGAGGCAGAGUGAGAGGUGAACGAAUGAGCAAGGGCGUGCCCCCCCACAAUGGUGGAGGUUUGCCACUGCUGCUCUCUCUCAACUUUGAGGGGGAAGGUUGGUUUGCAGCAGUCCUGCUAGUGCUCUGCAAAACUCAGUGGAAGCCGGGGGGGUGACGACGACGAACGGGAGGCUUUGCUCCAUGCAGAGUGACCGUUCGUCCACUUGGACGGAACAGCAGUAAAGCAAGAGACGACGGCACCAAGAUAGGGGUGCCGGUGCAAACACAGUGAGUGGUGAUGGUCACCACGAACAAUGAGAGGCGUUUAUUGCUCCCGGGGGUGGGGGGGCGGGGGGCGGGUGUACACCUAGCCGUGCAUGCCGUAGUCGUUAGACCAUUGACCUCGCAUCCCUACAAAGCCGGGACGGAGCACGCCGAGUUCUCACCGGACCAGGCUCUCACAUCACCAUCACCAUCACCACCACCAUCACCAUCACCAUCACCAUCACCAUCACCAUCACCAUCACCAAGCGCGAAGCGGUAGUGGUGAGGGGGGGUCUUGACUGGUUUCUCGAUGGUCGUUCAACGGCCGGUGGUGGUAUAUAUGUAUAUAUAUUUAUAUAUAUAUAUUUUUCUCCCAUCAUUGGAUUCUGUCGUCUACCCCUAUGGCCCCUAUCCUCCACUUCUACUAGCUAGACGACCAACCCGGGGUCAAACAGGAGGGGGGGCGGGGUUGGACCCCCUCCUGCUGUGUAGUGGCGUCAUGGUUGGAGUUGUCCUGGUGUGGUGAUGGUUGCCCUGACGUGGCAUUGUGUUUGGUUUGGGCAGCAGCACCACCGGAACAAGAAAACGACCCGCGUGUGCGUUGCUGUUGCUGUGUUGUGGUUGUCGGCCUGCCAUGAUUGGCUGCUGCCGCUGUUGUUUCCGCCGCAUUUCUUGAGGGAGGAUUGCGCGAGCGAAACAACAUACAGAGUCGCGUCUUGACAGGCGGUCACGAGAAGGUGCGAAAGUCGUGCGGAAGAAAGGGUGCAGUAGUAAGAAAAGGUACAGUCAGUAGAGGGCGCUGGAGUUUCGUGCUUGUGGCAGCGGGCAUGCGCUGUCGCACGCCUCGUGUCGGCUGCAGUCGUAGAGAUAUCACAGCAUAGCCCCUUGUAUGUAACGCCGGAUAGGACCAAGUUAUUUGUCCUCCCUUAUACCGUGCACCCGGCAGGAGCUAGAUAUGUUCUGAGCUUUGAGAAAAGGUGGAUGUUCAAUCCACCUGUCUCGCGAGUGAGCCUUGUUCGUUCGACCUUAGACAGGGACGUUUAUUGUGUGGGAACCACUGCAAGUGCAGUGGGAAAAGCGGCGUGAUACUGUAGACACGUGGGUGAUUUGUACAUACCAGGAAACACUACUCUAAGGGUGAAUUCUAAUAGCAGGAGCGAGAGCCCCGUCCAUUGCUCAUUUUUGUGUGAGUGUGUUACGCGAUUUGGACGAUAUGUACCGUCGUGUGCUGUUGUCUCCGUUGCCAGGUUACAUUUUUUUUCUUUUCAGCGGAUGAACCCUUUGGUUUUUUGUGAUUAGUGUGGCUUUGAAUACAGGAGCGGGUGUGUGCUUCGAUUGUUCUGUCGGGGGGCGCUUCUUCUUGAGGAAGAGGAAGGCCGGGUUUCCUAUAGUUGCGUGUUGCGUGUGUUCUUCAUUGACAGUGUUGUGCCUUUCUGAAAUAUUGACGGAUGGUUUUGAUUGUACUGUUUUGCUUGGUCUUCGUGUGUGUUUUGGAUACGGUUCGCGCAUGUAAAUGUCACGACCUGGGUGCUGAGUUUAUUUCUUUUUUUCUCCUCGUGUUGUCGACAUGGAUGGCGUGUUUUUAUUCACAAUCAUCAUCGUCAUGGUUCGGAGUGUUGUGGUUGGGCUGUUAGCCUAGCCUGACUGCUGUGGUCACACCGUCACGUACGACGUAAGUUGACCUCCAUCUCUUUUAGUCUAGUCGUAUAUUAUUGUGAUCUUCCCAUCUCGUGAUGUGCAUGCAUGCAUGCUGACUGACAUCAACAGCGAUGAGUACCUGUACAUAAUCUGCAGAAUCGGAACAGCUAUAGUCUAGUCUAGUGUUCACACCGCGACUCUCUAAAUCGAAAAAUUCACCACUCCUGUGGGUACGAAAUGUGGUUGGUUGCGGGCGGCAGCAACGACCGUGCUGAUACAAUCGCUUGGCGGUGACGGUGGUGAUGGUAAGGGGCUCUUGGAAUCGAAGUGCGGGCGAUACGGGGGUUGGCGCGUUGUGGCUCGCAGGGCAACAGAGAGGGGCGUACAAACC